AUGGUAUUAAAUCGAACUCUUCGUUUGGCUGAUCGUAUAAAACUUCAACCGUGGUUCAAAUAUUUAAAGCUGUUCCUUACAGCUUUUUACAAAUUGCCACGAAGCGAACACACACUUGUUUGGCGUGGUGUACGGGAGGAUCUCAGUGCUCUUUAUCCAAAGGAUAAAGAAUUCGCAUGGUGGGCAUUCAGCUCUUGCACUGCUUCAAUGAGUGCCCUUGAAUCACCAAAUUAUUUGGGAAAAUCAGGUGCAAGAACAAUGUUCUCCAUUCAAACUAACAG